AUGGCGGCGGUCUGCGAGAAGCUGAUCCGCCGCGUGGUGGAGGAGGAGCUGGGCCGCAUCCACGACGUGGCCCAGCGGGCGCUGUCGGAGUGGAUCCUGCACCGAACGCUGGACAGCCUCGCCGGGGUCGAGGAGAAGCCAGGCCCCGAGCUACCGGCAUACCGGUUCAGGUUUUCUGGGGUCCUAGACCACAUUCGCAGCGGGGCGCCGGUCUCGCUCAGCGCGUUGGAGCUCAACAGGGAGGACAAGGACGUUCUCGCCAGGAUCAGGGCGCGAAGCCACGACCACGCGAUUGCGAUUCAGCCGCCAAGUGAGGCGAAGGAGGCGAUUGUAGGAUUCAGCCCCAUGUCCUACUCCCAGCUGGCGACGCUGCAGGCGAGGGUGUGGUUGAACGAUCAGGUUAUUAACAAUUACCUGGCGUUGGUUUCCUGGGAUGUGAACCAAAAACAGGGGGUGGAGCAGGUGGCAUCGCUCGGGACGCACUUCUUCGUCAAGGUGAGCUCGGAGCUCUCCAGCCCCCCGACCGCGUCCUUGCCCGGGCGGGGCAGUCUUUUGGCAGAUGCGGCGUCCGACCCCCCGCUUCCGCCGCUUUCCCCGAACAGCCCAAUCCUGCGUUGGCUGCGGCGUCGCCGCCAUCUUCUCCUUCCCUACGCGAGCCGCCAGGUGGGGCAGGGAAAGGACGGGUCAGGCCCCUCGGUUGACCCCGGCGAGGCCCAGGCCACGACGACGGUGCAUACUCUUCUGAUUCCCGUCAAUCUCUCCGAUCAGCACUGGGUGUUGGUGGUCUUCCGGAAGGAUUUGAAUACCUGGUACUACUACGACAGCACCUACACCCCGCGGGUCGCCGCGCGGGCGCACCACAUCCUGCGCGUCCUCGAGCACGCCUUGUCGGAGUGCCGCCGGGCGCUUUGCCCGGGCUCGGCCGCGGCGGCGGCGGCCGGCGGGCGGGGCGGCGGCCGGCGGGUGAUCGCCCAGCCCUACGUCUCGCCCCCCGCAGAGACCGGCGGGGAUGGCUCGCGGGCGCCCCCAACCAAGCGACGGCGCUGCCGGCUCGAUACGCUCUACCCCUACGGAAGCCUCAAGGCGUUGGCGACGGCGGAGUCCUGGAGCAAACGACGGCGCUGCCAAUUCCCGCCGAAGGAUCCCCCGAUAGCCGCGGGCGACGACGCCUCCGAAGCGCUGGCGUGCGUGGGAGGCGAGGCGGAACAGGAGGAGGCGAUGUGGUUUCUUGGCGGGUUUGAUCUCAUCCCUCAGCAGCUAAAUAGUGAUGACUGUGGGGUUUUUGUUUGCGCUUCCGCGUGGUGUGGAGCUCAGGGCAUAGCGGUAAGCUUCGAGCAGGAUGUGGGGUUACUGCGGGAUGUAAUUGCGUUGGAGUUGUGGUCGAUGAAAACGCUUCGUAGGCUGCCCACGGCGGACACGUCUUCUUCAAUAGACGUUAAUGUGUUCAACUCCACCUUGUAA